AUGUCCAUAGGUGAAGUCUUCGCAGACGCGCAGCGUUCCCUCGUUGGGCACAAGUCUUUGGUAAAACGGCUCAAACGACUCGAAAACAAUCCAAACUUUGAAGCCAACAUCAAACAAUGCACUUUCCGCCUUCUCGAAGUUAGCAAAUCCGAGCCCGCUGCGAAUCGUGCCAUUAAAUUUCUCACCACAUACUUUGAGAAAACUUCCGACGACUCGAACCAGAUUCCAUCAGCGAUACUCCUUGCGCUACUCCCUUUCCUAUGUGCGAAGGACAAGACUGUACGCUACAGAGCAACACAAAUUGUGUCUCAGGUUCUCAGCGUAUUGACGACGAUAGAUGAUGAUCUGUAUAAGGUCAUUCGACAUGAGCUGAUCAAGAGACUGAGAGACAAAGUUCCCGCAAUAAGACUGGAAGCCGUCCUGGCUUUGGGUAGACUGGUCGAGAAUGAAAUGGAGGAGGACGACGAGGAACAGGAUUCUGACGAUGAUGUGGCCCCAGGGCUGCUCGAGAAGCUACUGGAUGUGUUACAGAAUGAUACAAACGCAGAUGUUAGAAGAACCCUUCUCAUGAACCUACCGGUCACACCCAAAACAUUGCCAUUCCUACUUGAACGAGCCAGAGAUCGCGAUGGCCCAACACGACGAGCACUCUACUCACGCCUACUCCCUUCCUUAGGAGAUUUCAGACAUCUUUCUCUGGCCAUGCGGGAGAAAUUACUGAGAUGGGGUUUGAGAGACCGCGAUGAAAAGGUUCGAAAAGCUACAGCCCGACUAUUUCGAGAGCACUGGAUCGAGGAUUGCGCAAGAACGAGGCUAGAAGAUUCUGAAGAGUCCAAAGAGAAGAAAGUCGGAUUUCACGACCCUAGCAUUCCAGCACUGGUUGAAUUAUUAGAAAGAAUCGACACUCUGAAUACGGGCAAUGAAAGUGGCGUUGCACGGGAUGCUAUGAAGGAAUUUUGGGCUGGUCGACCAGACUACCUCGAUAUCGUUUCAUUCGAUGAUGAAUUCUGGGACAACCUUACACCAGAAUCAGCAUUUAUGGCUCGCACAUUCAAUGAUUACUGUCACCAAGAUUCCAACUACUAUUCGAUGAUCGAGGAGAAAAUGCCCGAGGUAACACGGCUAGGGUUCCAUCUUCAAAAGCAUAUCAAUGAGCUCCUUGGCAGGGUACAGGCUGCCAAUGAAAGCGAAUCAGACGAUAAGAUCGCUGAACAAGCUGAACAAGAAUUCAUUGUAGAGCAAUUGCUUUAUAUUGCCCAAACACUAGAUUAUACCGAUGAAAUCGGCAGGAGGAAGAUGUUCGCUUUAUUGCGCCAUGCACUAUCCGCGGCAGACUUACCCGAGGAGUGUACUCGACUUUCCGUUGAAGCUUUACGGCUUGUCUGCAAUUCUGACGAAGCUGGUGAACGUGAGUUUACCUCUGUCGUUCUUGAAGCCAUUGCCGAGGUACAUGACAAUAUUGCAUCAUCCGAUGUCGAGGAUGAAGAGCAGGGAGACGAAGAAGACAGCUUCGUUUCGGCCCGAAGUGAAGUCGAUGGCGACGCGGACUCCACCCCCAAGCAAGCCAGCAAGAAGAACAAACACAACAAGAAUCUUUCAGAAGAGGAGCAAGAAGCCAAAGCGAUCAAAGAAAUUGUGAUCAACAUGAAAUGUUUGCACAUUGCUCAGUCUAUGCUUCAAAAUGUCACCGGCAACCUACAAACCAACAUACAUCUUCGAACUAUGCUCGACAGUCUUGUCAUACCGGCCGUCCGAUCCCAUGAAGUCCUCAUUCGCGAGCGUGGUGUGCAAUGUCUCGGACUCUGUUGUUUGCUAGAGCCAAAACUUGCUGAGGAGAAUAUGCGUCUCUUCACACACUUACUGAAAAGAGGUCACGAAGCUCUGCAAAUCAUGGCAUUGCAGAUUCUCUGCGACAUUCUUCUUGCGAAAGGGCCACCUACGCCGACGCCCACCACCAGUAGCGAUGAUCCAAAUAUUACAUCAGCAAGCGAUCCUGAAGCAACAGAGAUCACCAGUGCCACCACUCAACUUCUCGCUCCUUUCAUCAAAGCUCUCUCGACAACGUUUCCAGAAGAAGUUCGCUCUACGGCCACGAGCAGUCUGUGCAAGCUGAUGCUCUGUGGUUUCUACAAGGGCAACGAAGAACUGUUUGACCAGAUCCUCGAGCGGGCAAUGCAAACAGGAGCCAAAGGUUGGGAAUUACUUGAAAAGGUCAAGAACGCUGUGCAGGUUGAGAGAGAGAAAGAAAUGGAAACUGAGAAGGAGAAGGAGAGAAAUGAUGACGGGUUUGGUGCUCUACGAAUGUCUUCAGGUCAUGCCCUGGGACUGAGGCCUAGUACCAGUGGUAGCGAAGGAUUCGCGAAUGGAAGUGCUAGAGUCAGUGCGGAGGGUGUCGAUACGUGA